AUGACGGACGAAACAACGCCGUUGACCGCCACCGCCGGCAGUUCCGGUUAUGUUGCCCUGCCGCCGUAUCAGGGACCAACCUACGUGUUUCCUGGUGGUGUCUCGCCCCGUGCACGGCGUACGAAAAUGAAGCAGUUUCAGUGUUGCAUGACCGUGACAUUUAUAGUAAUUGUAAUUGCCGCCCUAUGCCUGGCGUUGUGGUUAAGUGGAAGUGGCUAUGUCGACGGCAAGGGGAACGAUGCGGAAAAUGGUCCCAGCUUCUUGUUUGUCACAAAUGAGACGGGAGCAUCGGUAAGCGAGACACUGGCAGCCACCAAGACUCCCAUUCCGGAUGAGCCUGAGGCCGCCUGGGCAUUGCAGCAUGAGACGCUGAAUCCAAAGGAAGGAGCUCAGGCGGUGAGUGCAGGAAUUAAGGCGCUGGGAGACCGUGAGAUAUUAGAGGAGGGACUGCAGCCAAGUGCAAUAAAUACUCCGCAAUUCCGACAUUAUCGUUCACUUAGCACCAAUCCAGAGGCACGCAAGUUGGCACGUCGUGGCUAUGUUGAGAACCAUGCCACGCUGGACAUCGCCCAAAGAUUCAACUACACCAAGCAGCCGGGACGUAGCAACAUUGGUCAAGGGCCGGCCAUUGAUUUACCAGAUCCGUCGGUGCUACGUCUGGAGUGCGACUUUAAUGAGCGGUUCAGACGCAGCACAGGUGUCUGCAACAAUAAGCGACAUCCACGCACAUAUGGCGCCUCAAUGGUGCCCUAUCGCCGCAUGGUGGCGCCGGAUUAUGCCGAUGGCAUUGCCGCACCAAGGGCAAGUCAUGGUGGUCUAUUGCCACCGGCGCGUCAGGUCUCGUUGAGCAUACAUCGGUCCAGCUAUGAAACUGAUUCCAACUUUACAGUGAUGCUGGCUGUGUUUGGACAGUUCUUGGAUCAUGACAUCACAGCCACAUCGCUGACCACCGCGCAGGAGGGCGAAUCCAUUGAUUGCUGUGUGCCUGGUACAGUAGAGCAGCAUCCAGAGUGCUUUCCUGUAAGAAUCCUGCCCGAUGAUCCCUAUUACCAGCAUUACAAUCUGAGUUGCAUGAACUUCGUGCGAUCCGCUCCAGCGCCCACAGGACGAUUCGGUCCAAGGCAACAGUUUAAUCAGGCGACGGCCUUCAUUGAUGGCUCCGUCAUCUAUGGCAACUUGGAGCAGCGCCAGCGCCAAUUGCGCACUUUUAUCAACGGCACACUUCGCAUGUAUUUUACGGACGAUGAGCGCGAGCUAUUGCCAAUCUCAUCCAAUCCGGAGGAUGGGUGUAAUCGUAUGCGGAUGUCGCGUCAGGGCAAAUACUGUUUCGAGUCUGGCGAUGAUCGUGCCAAUGAGAAUUUGCUGCUAACCUCGAUGCAUCUGCUUUGGGCCAGGCAUCACAAUUACUUGGCACGGGGACUGUAUCACAUGAAUCCUGAUUGGGAUGAUGAACGCAUCUAUCAGGAGGCACGUAAGAUAGUUGGCGCUCAGAUGGCUCACAUCACAUACAAUGAGUUUCUGCCUGUGUUAUUGGGCCGCAAUCUUAGCCAAGCCAAGGGCCUCUUGCCGCAAAGUGGAAACCUCAAUGCGGCGGACACGUAUGAUCCGCAAGUGAAUCCCAGCAUUGCCAAUUGCUUUGCGGGAGCUGCUUUUCGCUUUGCUCACACCUUGCUGCCGGGUUUGUUUAAUGUGUCACGGGAUAAUAGCACGCCCGAGGCUAUAGAGCUCCACAAAAUGCUCUUCAAUCCGUUCUCGCUCUGGACGCGUCAUGGCAUCGAUCAUGCUCUGUUAACUGCAUCGAAUACUCCAGUGCUUCGUGUUGAUCGUUUCUUUUCUCUGGAGGUCACGCAGAAGCUAUUUGAAGGAUCGGCUGAAGACAAGGUGCCCAUAUGUGGCCUGGAUCUGGUUUCACUGAAUAUUCAACGUGGUCGUGAUCAUGGCAUUCCAGCUUAUCCUGUUUUCCGUCGUCACUGUCGACUGCCUCCAGUGGAUACCUGGGAGCAAAUGGCUCAGGCUGUGGAUAACUCUACCUUGGAAUCCAUCCGGCAAAUCUACAAUUCCCCUCAGGAUGUUGAUCUUUAUACGGGCGCUCUUAGCGAACCGCCGCUAGAUGGCGCCAUAUUCGGUCCAUUGCUUAGCUGUUUGGUUUCUGACCAGUUUAUGCGUCUCAAGAUCGGCGAUUCACAUUGGUAUGAGCGCAAGAUUGGGCCACAACGAUUUACCAAAGACCAAAUCGCAGAGAUUUAUAAAAGCAGCCUGUCAGCUAUUAUCUGUCGCAACUCCGAUGGCAUUCAACAGGUGCGCCAAUAUGUUAUGGAGCGCCAUAGAUCGGAUGGUAAUCGCUAUGUCGACUGUGUCGACUUGGAAGGAUUUGACUUUGAUUUUGAGCCCUGGUCAGAGGCCAAACAGCCGUCACAGCUACACAGGGCGAGCUUCAGUGAAGCGAUGUCCUUGGUACGUCUAAUGGAGCCCUCUAGGAUAGGCAAUGGAACAGACGAUCUUCUUAUGGGCAUGCAGCCAAUGAAAAAACGACCAAAAUAAAGUGAGCUCCAUAAACAAAA